UCAAAACAACUAGUCUUGUUGUCUGACUUUCCCUAGAGCUUGGAAAUGUAUUUAACGAUUUUCUUGUCUGUCUGCCUAACAAACCUUGGCAACAGUACUGCAAGUAUGAGUUCCAGAGAAGGACAUGAUCAAUUUUAGGCGUCAGUCAACAGGCUUUGGAAAUGGAUUCUGGGGAGAAGCGUCUCAAUGAGCUUGGAUACAAGCAAGAGUUGAGAAGAGAGAUGACUCUAUUCAAGACGCUUGCAAUAACAUUUUCGAGCAUGGCAGUUUUUACUGGAACGCCACUAUAUGGCCCAAGCCUACGUUACGCAGGUCCUGCAAGCUUAAUAUGGGGAUGGGUGGUGGUCACCUUCUUCACCUGGUUUGUUGGACUAGCCUUGGCUGAGAUAUGCUCCUCCUUCCCUACUACAGGUUCUCUAUACUUUUGGGCUGCCCAUUUGGCUGGACCAAGGUGGGGUCCAUUUGCAUCAUGGUUUUGUGCAUGGCUCGAGACCAUUGGUCUUAUUUCUGGAAUUGGAGCACAGGCCUAUUCAGGAGCGCAGGCUCUGCAGAUGAUCAUUCUUUUGUCCACUGGAACAAACAAGGGUGGAGGCUACUUUGCAUCAAGAAGUGUAUUUUUGGCCAUUUAUAUGAGCCUUACCCUUGUAUGGGCUAUACUCAAUUCAUACGCCUUAGAAGUAAUAGCAUUCCUGGACAUAAUUUCCAUAUGGUGGCAGGUAAUCGGUGGUUUAGUGGUGAUUAUAAUGCUCCCUCUAGUGGCACAGCAAACACAACCAGCUUCUUAUGUGUUCACUCACUUUGAAACAUUCCCUGAGGCAACUGGAAUACGCAGCAAACCUUAUGCAGUGAUACUAGCUGUGCUUUUAAGCAACUACUGUCUAUACGGUUAUGACACUGCAGCUCAUCUAACUGAAGAAACAAAAGGGUCCGACAGAACUGGUCCUAUUGCCAUUCUUUCCAGUAUUGGGAUCAUUUCUGCAUUUGGGUGGGCUUAUAACUUAGCUCUUACCUUCUGCAUUCGGGAUGCAAACUACUUGUAUGAUGUGAACAAUGAGACAGCUGGUGCCCUUGUACCAGCACAGAUCAUUUAUGAUGCAUUCCAUGGGAGGUAUCAAAAUUCCACUGGAGCUGUUGUAUUUCUGUGUAUAAUCUGGGGAUCAUUCUUCUUUUGUGGGCUUUCAGUUACUACUAGUGCAGCCAGAGUUGUUUAUGCACUAUCUAGGGAUAAAGGAAUUCCAUUUUCACCAAUAUGGAGGAGAGUUCACCCGAAGCAUAAGGUUCCGAGAAAUGCUGUGUGGCUAUGUGCAGCCAUAUGCAUGAUCCUUGGCCUACCCAUCCUGAAGUUAGAUGUAGUUUUCACAGCUAUCAUUUCCAUAAGUACAAUCGGAUGGGUUGGUGGCUAUGCUGUCCCAAUUUUUGCCAGGUUAGUCAUGGCAGAGGAAAAUUUCAAACCAGGACCUUUCUAUUUGGGUAAAGCAAGAAGGCCAAUUUGCUUGGUAGCCUUCCUGUGGAUAUGUUACACCUGUUCAGCAUUCUUACUGCCAACUCUCUACCCUCUUCAAUGGAGAACUUUCAAUUAUGCACCAAUAGCCCUUGCUGUAGCUUUGACUGCUAUAAUGCUUUGGUGGGUCUUGGAUGCAAGGAAAUGGUUCAAGGGGCCAGUAAGGAACAUUGAUAUACAAAAUGAAGACAUUUGAAUGUGUUACAGUUUCUGAAUUGAAAAAGCUUUUCCAUGGAGAAGUCUGAUAUAACCAAAUUCAAGAACUCAUCAUCUUGA